AUGGUGAACUUCACGGUCGACGAGGUCCGGGCCCUCAUGGACAAGCCCACCAAUGUCCGAAACAUGUCCGUCAUUGCCCACGUCGACCACGGCAAGUCGACCCUGACCGACUCCCUGUUGUCCAAGGCCGGUAUUAUCUCCUCCGCCAAGGCUGGUGAGGCUCGUGCCACCGAUACUCGUGCCGAUGAGCAGGAGCGUGGUAUUACCAUCAAGUCCACUGCUAUCUCUCUGUACGGUCAUCUUGAUGACCCCGAUGAUAUCAAGGAUAUCGUUGGCCAGAAGACCGAUGGUCAGGACUUCUUGAUCAACCUGAUUGACUCCCCCGGUCACGUUGAUUUCUCCUCUGAGGUUACUGCUGCUCUCCGUGUCACUGACGGUGCCCUCGUCGUCGUCGACACUGUCGAAGGUGUGUGCGUUCAGACCGAGACUGUGCUCCGCCAGGCCCUUGGUGAGCGUAUCAAGCCCGUCAUCAUCAUCAACAAGGUCGACCGUGCUCUUCUCGAGCUUCAGGUCUCCAAGGAGGAUCUUUACCAGUCCUUCUCCCGUACCAUCGAGUCCGUUAACGUCAUCAUCUCCACCUACUUUGACAAGACUCUCGGUGAUGUCCAGGUCUACCCCUACAAGGGUACCGUUGCCUUCGGUUCCGGUCUCCACGGCUGGGCCUUCACUAUCCGCCAGUUCGCUGUCCGCUACGCCAAGAAGUUCGGUGUUGACAAGGGCAAGAUGAUGGAGCGUCUCUGGGGCGACAACUACUUCAACCCCCACACCAAGAAGUGGUCCAAGACUGGUACCCACGAGGGCAAGUCCCUUGAGCGUGCUUUCAACCAGUUCAUCCUGGACCCCAUCUUCAAGAUCUUCUCCGCCGUCAUGAACUUCAAGAAUGACGAGAUCACCACUCUUCUGGACAAGCUCCAGCUCAAGAUCUCUGCUGAGGACCGCCAGAAGGAGGGCAAGCAGCUGCUCAAGGUUGUCAUGCGCACUUUCCUCCCCGCUGCCGAUGCCCUUCUGGAGAUGAUGAUUCUCCACCUUCCUUCUCCCGUCACUGCCCAGAAGUACCGUGCUGAGACUCUGUACGAGGGUCCUCUUGACGACGAGGCCGCCAUUGGUAUCCGUGACUGCAACCCCAAGGGUCCCCUGAUGCUUUACGUCUCCAAGAUGGUGCCCACUUCCGAUAAGGGUCGUUUCUACGCCUUCGGUCGUGUCUUCUCCGGUACCGUCCGCUCCGGUCUCAAGGUCCGCAUCCAGGGUCCCAACUACACCCCUGGCAAGAAGGAUGAUCUCUUCAUCAAGGCUAUUCAGCGUACCGUCCUGAUGAUGGGUGGCAAGGUUGACCCCAUUGACGACAUGCCAGCCGGAAACAUUGUCGGUCUCGUCGGUAUCGACCAGUUCCUGCUCAAGUCUGGUACUCUUACCACCUCUGAGACUGCCCACAACCUCAAGGUCAUGAAGUUCUCCGUCUCCCCCGUCGUGCAGCGCUCCGUCCAGGUCAAGAACGCCCAGGACCUCCCUAAGCUGGUCGAAGGUCUCAAGCGUCUCUCCAAGUCCGACCCUUGCGUCCUUACCUACACCUCCGAGUCCGGUGAGCACGUCGUUGCUGGUGCCGGUGAGCUGCAUCUCGAGAUUUGCUUGAAGGAUCUCGAGGAAGACCACGCCGGUAUCCCUCUGAUCAUCUCCGACCCCGUCGUCCAGUACCGUGAGACUGUCCAGGGCAAGUCCAGCAUUACUGCUCUUUCCAAGUCCCCCAACAAGCACAACCGUCUGUACAUGGUUGCUGAGCCUAUCGAGGAGGAGCUCUCUCUCGCUAUCGAGGCUGGCAAGGUUUCCGCCCGUGACGAUUUCAAGGCCCGUGCCCGUGUCCUCGCCGACGACUUCGGCUGGGAUGUCACUGACGCCCGUAAGAUCUGGACCUUCGGUCCUGAUGGCACUGGUGCCAACUUGCUGGUUGACCAGACCAAGGCCGUCCAGUACCUCAACGAAAUCAAGGAUUCCGUUGUCUCCGGUUUCCAGUGGGCUACCCGCGAAGGUCCCGUUGCUGAGGAGCCUAUGCGCUCUACCCGCUUCAACAUCCUUGAUGUGACCCUGCACGCUGAUGCCAUUCACCGUGGUGGUGGCCAGAUCAUCCCCACUGCCCGUCGUGUCCUGUACGCCGCUGCCCUUCUGGCCGAGCCCGCUCUGCUCGAGCCCGUCUACCUGGUCGAGAUUCAGGUGCCCGAGAACGCCAUGGGUGGUGUCUACGGUGUCCUUACCCGCAGACGUGGUCACGUCUUCAACGAGGAGCAGCGCCCUGGUACUCCCCUCUUCAACAUCAAGGCCUACCUCCCCGUCCUUGAGUCCUUCGGCUUCAACGGAGAUCUCCGUGCCGCCACCUCCGGACAGGCCUUCCCCCAGUCCGUGUUCGACCACUGGCAGGUUCUGCCCGGUGGCUCUCCUCUCGACUCUUCCUCAAAGGUCGGAGCUAUUGUCACUGAGAUGCGUAAGCGCAAGGGUAUCAAGGUUGAGGUGCCCGGUGUUGAGAACUACUACGACAAGCUGUAA